AUGACAGGAGGUUUGAUAGCAGCCGGUUUGGGUCUUGCUGCCGUCGGAUUCGGUGCUCGAUAUGUUUUACGAAACCAGGCACUAAUCAAGAAAGGAAUGGAAUCUCUCCCAGUAGCUGGUGGAUUUAACAGCUAUUACCGUGGAGGAUUCGAUCAGAAAAUGUCACGUAGUGAGGCAGCUAAAAUUCUUGGAGUAACACCGUCAGCCAAACCUUCGAAAAUUAAAGAUGCGCAUAAAAGAGUGAUGAUUGUUAAUCAUCCAGACAGAGGAGGAUCCCCAUAUUUGGCAGCCAAAAUCAACGAAGCUAAAGACUUAAUGGAAUCCUCUAAAAGCUAA